UGUCGACGACGAUGCAAGAGAACGCACGGAGCGAGGGGAUCGGGAGAUGUUGGCUUGGUUUGAAGGCAUAGUUUCAUACUUUGCCGAGGUAUUAGACAAAAAUAAUUUACCAAUUGAGAGACGAGUAUCACAGUUUUUAUUUUAGUCCUAACUUUUGUGUAUAUUUCUAGGUCGAUAUCGAAACACCGUUAGUUCUAUUGGAGGGCUUCGAGAAAAGAUUGGGCUCGAUCUGGGCAGCUGCUGUCACAUUGCAUAUUUUAUGCAAAUAUAUUGGCCCAUGACCUUUCAGUCAGCGAGGAGUGGACUCUGUUUACAAACUUCAUUCGGUGAUUGCAAACUAUAUAUUUGGAUAAUGUAGAUAAAUAUAUUCGAUAUGGCUUCUGUAGGAACUCAAAAUUCAUUAAACGGAAUUAGGCCGGGCGAUACUGGUUCAAAACCCGGUCAUUUGUCUAGGGAAGUGAUAGGUUGUGUGAGCGAGACCAGACGGCACGCAGCCAAAGUUGGUCCAGGGACAGUCUCUGAUGCUUUGCCAAAGCAGCUAUGUGGGCAACUAAAAUGUUUAGAGGAUAGUUCCUCCAAAAAUAUGCAGGACCGAGCACUAACUGUUGAUUCAAAAAAUGUAAUUGUUAAUCAAAGUGAUGGAUUAAAGGCAAUUGAUUUGAAUUUCAAAGGACAUAACACUGCUAAUAGGUUACCUAGAUCAAAGAGACAAAGUUUGCAUUAUCCAUCCAAAAAUGCGGGACCCAUCAAAAAGCGUCGAAGAACUGUGGAAAAGAUUGUUCCAACCAAAUUCCUCCUCGGAGGAAAUUUUCAUGACCCUUUGAAUUUAAAUAGUUUGACCAAUGAAAUUGACGAAAAGACCCCAGCGACUUCACCGUUACCGCAUUUAAACAAGGAUCCAGAUCCUGUCAUAAUACCACGAGAUAUAACAGAUCCUCUGAAAUUGAACUCUGUCAGUAGUGAAGAUGACGAGCCACAGCUGACAACAACAAUUUUUUCUCGUAAAUUAUCAUCUGCAAAGAAAAGGAAGAGAGUCUCACGUGGUGAAAAGAAAGAAGACGAAAGUGAACUAUGUGAUCGUACUAAACGACGAAUGCUGGAACUAAAUCUUGACACUGCCGUCAAAAUCAAUAUUGUACCCGAUAGGAAUCUCGACAAAAUAGUAUCGCCUGUUCUUCCAGAAACUGUAAAAGGUAGAAAAAGAAAAAGAGUGGAACCUACGAACAAAUUAUCCAAAGCUCUCCUAAUAGAAAGUGAUCAUGUCAAGGAACGAACUGUUACAGGAACUGACAUCAAACGAAGAAAAAUAUCUCCAGAGAAGUCAAAAUACCGGCGACAAAGCAGUAAAGAUAAUCAAUCAAAGCAAGCUCCUAAGUUCAAAAGUCAGAAUAAGAAAUUCCAAUAUGGUAAUUACACACGUUACUAUGGAUACCGAAAUCCAGAAGAUGAAGACGUUCGGUUGGGGCUCUUUCGUAAGGAAUGGUUCGAAGGCAAAGUAUGUUUAGACAUAGGAUGCAACACCGGACAUGUGACUCUCUACGUAGCUAAAAAUUUUGCUCCGGUAAAGAUCACAGGCAUUGACAUCGAUGGUAACCUGAUAGGUAUGGCGCGCAAGAAUAUUAAACAUUGUCUGCUUAUUGAAAGAGAUGCAAAAACAAAAGAAGGUGGACAGUUUCCUACUGCCAUGGCAACAUCGUUUGGUCAUGUGAAAGACCUACCCAAAGAAUCUGUUGGUGUUGCAUCAAGUUUUCCAGCAAAUGUGAUGUUUAGAUGUGCAAAUUUUGUUCUUGAAAAAGAUGAACAUUUAUCAACGCAGAAACCCGAGUACGACAUGGUUCUGUGCCUUAGUAUGACUAAGUGGGUGCACUUAAAUUGGGGCGACUCUGGUUUGAAGAGGAUGUUCAAGCGAAUUUUCUUAGCCCUUCGUCCUGGGGGUCAGCUGAUUCUUGAGCCGCAGGCAUGGUCGUCAUAUUGCAAGAAGAAAAAAGUCACGGAAACAACCUACAAGAAUUUCUUCCAGUUACAGCUGCGACCUGAACAGUUUAAAAACUAUCUGCUACGUGAAGUUGGAUUCAUUAAGUGUGAAUGCCUUGGUACUCCACUCAACCCAUCUAAAGGCUUCCGAAGACCACUUUUGAUGUUCACCAAGGCAAAACAAGGACAAGAUGAGUCAGACCAAGAUGCUAGUACUAGUGCUAGGAAGUAGAAUUUCAACAGGAUCACCACCUACAAUUUAAUAAUCAGAUAUGAACACUAAUUGAUUGUGUUUUUCUCUGUUCUCACAAAAUGACAUCUGCUGGGGAUGUACUACCGCCUCCUCAGCCCAUUCCUGCAGAUGAUCUCCAGCAGACUGUCUAAAGCCGGAAACUCCCUGCACGCCUGAUGGUCGAUGUGAUUUUAUGGAGAACUCAACACCACGACGCGUGCGCAGUGGAUCAUUUUAAAUGAUGAUCUGUUCCAACUGCCGCUGACAAUUAGCAGACGGCUUUGCGUCAUCUAGCAGUGUUGCAUUCGCAGUAUGAUGCAUUGAGUGCCGGCUUAGUUAUCAAAAGACGUAGUUAGAGGACUCCAUCCCACUUUGUGUAGAGUAUUGAUUCCCCUAAAAUUCAAGCUUAAUAAGUUUCCCCAGCCUUAAAGCCUGUUUACACUAUGAUGAUAACGAUCCAUAAUAAAAAGCUAAAAAGCAAUUGUUCAUAUUGAAAAUAAUAGAAGAUUUCACACCAGCGCAAUUAGAUAACGAUUUAUCGUGUAUACGAUAAACAAAUAUUUUUACAAAUUAAUGACGUCAUAAUCAUUGGAAAAUGAUAAAAUCAUAGUAGUAAAAACGAUUUUAUCGUUUUCCCAUGAUUUUGACAACAUUUGAUUUGAUUUGUGAAAAUAUUUUUUAUCGUAUAAGUCAUUAUUGAAUCGUGCUGCUGUGAAAACUUCUAUUAUUUCAUUUAUUUUCUAUAUGAACAAUUGCUUUUUAGCAUUUUAUCGUUGAUCGUUAUCGUCAUAGUGUAAGCAGGCCAUAGAGAUGAAUGGCAUGUUGAUGUGUCUGUUUGGAAUGUAGUUCUGUUCGAUGUUAUGUAUUCCUUUUUACGUGUUGUAUUUUUGUAAGUGUUGAUACAUGUUUUAUCCAGUUUGUCAACCUAUCUGUUCAUACCUGAAUUUUGGUAUCUGUGUCAUGAUCCAACAGUAUGUUGGUGUCUCUAUGUUUUUAUUUGUGUCUUUUCUGUUGGGCUUACCGGUACUUGAUCUGUCAAUUUGUGUGGUUGUCUCAGUUUAUCUAAAUCUGUUGAUCUGGCUGUUGCUUCACCUAAUGGUACAUUUUGAUUAUUAAACUUUUUCGAAAUUGACUGAUCUAAUAAGCUGAUUUUAAUUUUCACAAAUACUCCAUGUUGUGUUGUAGCCUGCCAGUAAUUGGAAAUAUACAAAAGGCUGUGUGUAUUUUGUGUUACAUAAUUUUUAUUUAAUUGGCUGAAUAAGCCUUUUUAAAAUCACAUUUUGGUGAGACUUUUUAUAUUUUGUUUAGCGAACUUCAUUGUUGAAAAUUGGCGGGAAAACAUGAAAAUAUUUUAAAAUAUCUUAUUAUUGAGCUAAAUGGCUCUACCAGAAGCAUAUACAGUAGGCGGAGGAGAAAAUGAAAACAUGACAAACUGAUAAAUAAGUUAUUUUGACUAAAUUUUGAGAGAGCUAAUAAAUUAUCAUGAGAUAUACUGUGGUAGCUUGCGGGAUAAA